AUGAAGCUUUCCGCCUCUCUCAUCUCCCUCGCCCUGCUCGCUGCGGCAGCAGUCGACGCCCGUGUGGUCCGCUUGGAGAAUGCACCGUACGCCAAGCGGGACGUCUCGGCUUCUCUGCAAGAGCACGAGGUACCUUUGCCCCGCUCCGAAGCUGCCAAGAGCGUCUUGCACAAUCGUGUCGCUCGUCACAUUCGUCCCGAGACGUGGAGCGACAUUCGACGCAGGCAGACCCUCGGUCCCGUCACCGAUCUUGGCGGCAUCACCGACUUCAAGGGCAAGGAUCCGGAACCUGUCCGUGGCGAAAAGGGUGUGCCUUUCUUGGGCGAGUCCAACAGUGAGUGCAUUGGUUUGUGCGUGUCUGCACCUUCACUGUGUUCGGUGGAUGCUGACCGUACAAUCCCGCUGCUCCAAUCUUAGCCGCCAUCGACAAGCAGAACAUCGACUACCUUAGCCCACCGGCUACAGACAACGGCGUCAUUCCCAACCUCAAGUGGUCGUUCUCUCUAUCCAAGACGCGCCUCUUGAAAGGCGGCUGGGUUCGCGAGCAGGUCGUCACUGACCUUCCCGUAUCUAAAGGUGAGGCAUGUCGGUCGUGGCAGGCUUGGGACUUGGAAUUGGCUGCGUACGCAUAUGCUGACAAAAAGACUCGGUUGGUGCGGCACCUCCACAACAGACGUGGCUGCAGCAGAGCAGAGGCUAGCUCCAUACGCGAUCAGACAGGUGCGUUGAGCUGUAUAGGUCGGGGUGAUGUGUGACAGGCGGAUUCGAAUGAGGACAGAAGGUGUACGAUGAAAAGAAGCUGGAUGGAUGCAUUUACGGUGGGUUGGAUGCUAUGGAUGACCUUGCGGCAUCCAACCGUGCAGCGUCCAUGUAGGUACCGGUACCGGCACCAGGUGACGCGCCGUCGCGGUGAUGCGGAUGAUGCAGCAUUUGACUCGACACUCAGACUGAUGACUGCAUGACCAAGUUUUUGAGUCUGACUUGCCCAAUUCUUCCUUUUCGACACUGGUGACUCGCCUUCUCCUGGACGCGCACCUCAACACCAUUCCCUUGUCAAAUCGCCGUCAUGAUCUUGCUUCUCACUGCCUCUCUCAACCGACCGACUGUAGCUACACUGGCAUCGAGUGGCGGAGUGGGCAUUUGUCAUUAAAGGCACAGUACGCAUCACCGGAAGCGACGAGGAUGGCAAAAACUACGUUGGGGAGGCCUCGGCAGGAGACUUGUGGAGUUUUCCCACGGGUUCGUAACACUUCUGCGACAAUUGAAGAUACGCCAAAGCCGUGCUGAUCCCUCCCUCUUGCCACCAUGACUUGCUCGCAGGCAUCCCUCACAGUCUGCAGGCUGGCCCAGAAGGUGCUCAAUACCUUCUAGUCUUCGAUGACGGCAAUUUUGACGCUUCGGGAACGACGUUCAUGCUCGAUGACUGGGUCGCUCACACCCCUCGAGACGUCCUUGCCGAGAAUUUCGGCUGGAAUCAAAGCGCUUUCGACACUGUCCCCGCUCAAGAUCAGUACAUUUUCAAGACUCCAGAAUGGCCAAGUCUUGAGGAGGCAAAGGCUGUCGUAGAGCAGAACCCUGCUGGCGAGGUCGAAUCUCCUUACGUCUAUGCCCUGUCCAAGCAGGAACCUACGCAGGCACCAGGCGGCGGCGGUUGGGUCAAGAUUACCGACUACCGUCAAUUCCCAGCUAGUCCUACUUUGGCCUCCGCAUACGUUCACGUCGAGAAAGGCGGCCUUCGCGAGCUUCAUUGGCACGCCGGCGCUGAAUGGGGGUGAGUCUGCUUUUGACGUGAUCCUGAUCGGACUUUCGAAAGGCAAUGUUGACGCAAGACCAUCAUCCUCGCACUUAGCUACAUUGUCAAGGGCAAGGGACGCGCCACUGCCUUCGCUGGAGGUGCCACCGCACGCACUUUUGAGCUCCAAGCAGGUGAUGUGAGCAUCAAUCAGCGUUUCCGUACUGACGCUCCUGAUCGAACGACUCGACUGACACCUGACAUCUGGAAAUUGCAGUCUUGGGUCUUCCCGACCAACUUUGGCCACUACAUUCAAAACGUCGGCGAUGAGCCUCUGGAGUUCAUCGAGAUUUUCCGUGGAUCAAACUUUGGCGACAAGAUCAAGUUCACCGACUUUAGCCUGACCCAGUGGCUCAGCUUGACCCCACCUGAGGUUGCUGCUCAAUCUCUGAACGUCUCCGUAUCUCUGAUCAAAGAGCUCAAGAAGGAGAAGCAAGUCGUCGUCGCUGCUCGUCGCUAG